ACGGUAUACAUGGGCCGGUCCGACUCGUGUCACCUAUAUCUGACCUUGCGCACAGGCCACUGCAAAAGCUCGUGAUGCAGUGCAGAUGGUCUUGUCGUUGCUUAAAAGCGGAGCAACCGAUCCCAGAAGACUAACACACUCUUCCUCUACCUCCAUGAUGCCCUCCACCUCCUACACGACCGCUGUAAAGCGGCCCAAGGCACGAAGACACGGUGCACAUCAAAGCAUCGCGGCUACUCUGCCUACAGAACUACUCAGCGAGAUCUUCUGCUUGUACCUUGGCAUCGUGGGCGGACGCUGGUCCGGCCGCCCUUGGGAAGAAAGACAGUCCCCACUGCCUCUGACGCACGUCUGUUCCUUAUGGCGCCAGAUCGCCAUGGACAAGCCAGAGUUCUGGACGCAUCUCGUCAUCUCCUGCCCUACUUGUGUGCCAUACGAACUUCGCCUGCGACAAUACGCUGACUGGAUCGAGCGCAGCUCGCCUCAUCCCAUCUCCGUCAAACUGCCAGUCAGAUACACCAUCCGGGACAAGGCGAAUAUGCUUGCCUCGACUUUACUCCCGAGAACUGCCUCGCGGAUCAGCACUUUGGACCUCGACAUGGCAGGUCAUAACUACCAAUGCGACAAGUCUAUCACCGCCCUCCUCACGCUGGCUCCCGGGAUCUUCCCAGCCCUCACGCACCUGAAGCUCGGGUAUAAAGACAACCUUCCAGACAACAGAGUCAUCACGGUUUUCAACCAGUCGCCCCUGCGGAGCCUGUCUUUCAAUGUCGAAGCCCGCCUUGAAGGUAUCUUGGGGGCUGAGGCUUUGCUCGACGUUGCGUGGAAGGAACUGGAGGACAUCUCUCUGGACUUCGAAGACCCGUCAAUAGGGACUGCCGAAAGUCUCUCGUGGUUCAUCUUCAGGCAUCUUCGCGACGUCCAAACGCUUUCUCUGGCGGUGGUGCCCAACGAGCGUCCUGGGGAGAUGAUUUUGACGCUGCCCCACCGUGCCACGCUGCCUCGGAUGCGAAAAUUCACCAUGACCACAAAAACCUGUCUACUACCCGACUUCAGACACAUCACCACUGAUCAGGCGCUCUUCCGCACACUUGACCUGCCUGCGCUCGAGAAGCUCCACGUCCGCUACGAGUACGAUCACCGCUUCUUGACUCGCGUCGAAGAAGGCUUUCUUCCGCACAAAUACCCUUCCGGCCUCUUCGACGACGAGGGCUUCAGGCAGACCUCGCUCGGGCAGUUGCGCGAGUUGCACCUAACUGGGUUGGGCAGAGUCCCGGGAGAGAAGCUUCUUCCAGUACUCGAAGCCACCCUGAUGCUGGAAAAGCUCGUUCUGAGCGACUCCAUGGAGCUCCGCCGUCCCUUCUACGAGCGCAUGGCCUCGCCGAGCGUCCUCGUUCCUCUGUUGCGGACGCUCGAAAUCAUCUAUACCGAUGGCGAAACCAAGGAGGACUUCGUGGCCAUGACUGAGGGGAUAGAGGUGCUUCUGCGCGGGCGGUGGGGAGGAAGGAAUCGGGGUCUACGGGGAUCAGGGGCUCCCGUGCUCAAGGCGAUGAUUGUGACUCGGGAGUGGGAGGGUAAACCGGUACCAGCUCCAGGCAAGUUUGACAAGGCGUGGAUGAACGCCAUGGACAAGCUGCGUCCGGCCGGAGCGAAAUUAUGCUUGAGAUAGGUUGUAUUUAGUGUCGCCCUCAGACGUGUUCUCAUACUGCUCGCUCUGGAAUGUACCUUUCAGUGCUGGCGAUG